CGCGUCCAAUAAACAAUGAAAUCGAUGUUGCGAAAUGUUCUGAAUUAGAUUCGAACGGAAUUUGAAUCGCAUUUUUAGCCUUAUUGCUCGCGUCGGGCGAAUUCAGCAGAACUUACUUUAACUUCUGAAACCCAGUAUUAAAAGUUUUUGGUUAAACAAAGGUUUCUCAAAAGGACUUUUAUUCAUCUUGAUUUAAAUAGCUCUCAAGUUUCGUAAAACAGUGAAUUUCAUUAAGAGAUUUGCUAAAAUUAAUUUAUUAUGCUGCGUCUAAUAGCUUCGCUGCUAACAUGCUUAGCUGCAGUUGGGGCCAGAGACGUGGGUAAGGCUUUUAGGACUAUGCCUAUUGUCACCAACUCUCUGGUUAAUUUGGGCAAAAUGGAUAUUGCUUUUUACUUCAAUGCCCGUCCGCAAGAUUUAGCUCGAUCUGAGCUCGCAAGUCACAGAUCCAGUUCAAUGUUUGGCUCAAGAGUUGAAUCCUUGAUGACAGAGCCUUGCCCAUGUUCAAGCUUAAAAUACAUAAGAGACUCUUCACAAAACAACCCAUCUGACCUCUUGAGAAAAAUUCUUUCUGGAAAUGACCUAUUUUCUUUUAAAGAGCCAGCCUCCUCGACUCUUUGUUGUGAUUCACAUGAAAAUGUACAAGAAGACGUACUUUUAGAAUUCGGUCCAAAACAAAGUCAAAUUUUGGCGAAUCAACAAGAUUCCUUCCCAUUACUGCCGUUUUUGCUUAAUAGCGUUCAAAGUAAACCAAAUUCACAUUCUAUGACACCGAAAGCAAAGUCUGUAGAAAUUAUUAUAUUCCCAAAGAAAAGAGGAUUGUCUAUAGACAUUGACAAAUUUACGAGCAAAAAUAAGGAUGUCAUAAAACUAGUUGGUAAUAAAGAAAUCAGAAAUGAUAUUAAGUCCAACCAAUUCGUUCCACCUUUCAUAACUUCUGUCAAGAAAGAUUUAGCCCAUCAAGCAAAAACUGAAAAUGUUACGAAAAAAGGAGAUGAAACGAAAUUAACUGUUGAUAAUAAAUCAAAUGUAGUGUGAUGUUGCAAUAAAGUUUAAACAUGUAACUCCC